GGCAGGCAGGCAGGAAGACAGGCAGGAAGACAGUCGGACAGUCAGACUGAUAGACACUCAUUGGCCCACUCACACGCGCAUAUAUUUACUUAUUUUUAACGAGAAGCGAGACGCCAGGGAGGAAGCAUGGACUCGGCACCCUCGUUGGAAACGGUCUACCAGGCCGUCUACUCGCUCUAUAAUAAUCCGAACCCGUCCGAGAAGGAGAGGGCCUCCCAGUGGCUUGGUGAACUACAGAAAUCGGUGUAUGCGUGGAAAGUGGCGGAUGAGAUGCUCCAGCAGAAGAAAGAUUUGGAAUCUUGUUACUUUGCGGCCCAGACCAUGAGGACAAAAAUUCAGUUAUCUUUCCACGAACUGCCAGUGGUCUCUCACAUUUCUCUCAGAGACUCUCUUUUAGAUCACAUAUCGCAAAUUAAUAAAAACACGGAUACAGUUAUUGUAACGCAGUUAUGCCUGGCUCUAGGUGACUUAAUACUCCAGAUGGGUUCCUGGCGAGAGCCAGUCAUGGACUUGAUACAAAAAUUUGGGGACAGCGUGGGUAGUCUUUGGCCCCUUUUGGAAAUCUUAACCGUUCUACCAGAAGAAGUUAAUUCGCGAUUUCUUAGGCUUGGUGCGAAUCGAAGACAACAAAUUACUAGCAAUUUAACUAAUAACGGAGAGGCGGUUUUAGAAUUUUUGACUACGUGCCUGAAGAAGGUUGACGAUGUACAAAUAUAUAUUAGAAUACUAAGGUGUUUUACAAGUUGGAUUACUAUACAAGCGAUAUCCCUUACUGCCCCGUUGUUUACCAAUAUUGUUACAUUAGCAUUUGAAGUUUUGCAAAAUAAUAUGACAGGAUCUCAGUUACACGAACCAGCUGCUGAUUGUAUUUCUGUAAUAUUACAAAUUUUACAAAAAGAUAUAAGUAUAAAAGAUCCAAACACUGGCGAUCCAACCGUACAAUUACAGCAAUUACAAUUAGACCUUUUUUCUCGUAUAGUGACAUUAGAACAAGCUUACCAUCUAUCCGUCGCUCACGAAGACAUAGAUAAAUCAAUCAAUUAUUGUCGUAUUUUUACCGAAUUAGCAGAGACUUUUUUAGAAACAAUUAUAAAUGGAAGUAUGAAUGGCAAACAGCACUACGCUAUAAAAUCAUUAAAUUUUGCAUUAUUUUGUGUUGGUCAUUACGAUUAUGAAGUAGCACAGAUAACAUUUAAUCUUUGGUAUCGACUGUCUGAACUUCUUUAUCAAAGAAAUGACGAUGAUCUGACGAGUGUAUUUAAACCUUACAUCGAAAGACUUAUCGGUGCUCUUUGCCGGCAUUGCCAAAUGGAGCCAGAUCAUCUUGGCUUAAUCGAAGAAGAUGGAUUUGCCGACUUCAGAAUGCGAGUGUUUGAAUUAAUAAAAGACGUGGUCUUUGUUGUGGGAAGCAGUCAUUGCUUUCGACAAAUGUUUUCGACGUUAACUGGUGGACAUGGACCACAAGGUCAAACCAUUACUGUUCCUACCUGGGAUUUGAUAGAAGCUGCUUUAUUCGUUAUGCAAGCAGUGGCCAAAAAUAUUUUACCUGAAGAGAAUGACGUGGUACCAAAGGUUGUAGAGGCUAUUUUAAAUUUGCCUGCAAAUACGCACAUAGCCGUGCGAUGCACAAGUAUACUUUUAUUGGGCGAACUCUGCGAAUGGAUAAACAGUCAUCCUCAAUCAUUAGAGCCAAUAUUAAAUCUUUUAUUGACUUGCUUGAGUCAACAAGGAUUAGGAAAUGCGGCAUCUAAUGCUUUACAAAGCAUUUGCACAGCGUGCCCAAAACACAUGUCAUCGCACUUUCAAGGCUUAUUACAAAUUGCUCGAUCGGUUGAUAAUUUUGCCAUCAGUAAUGAUUCAGCGAUCGGUAUUCUUAAAGGUGUUGCUAAAAUUUUAACAAGGUUAUCGAAAGAUGAAAUUGAAAUAUCGAUGAAAGAACUUUGUUGGUUCCAAGCGAGACCAAUGUGUCAUUUGUUAGAGGAUAGAGUGCCCGUUGAAAGAGGUGGUAAAAGUGAUCCUGUAUUGUGGUUGGAUAGAUUAGCUGCAAUUUUCAGAAACGUAACUCUACAAAUUAAUGAUUCUAACGAUACGCAUCCUUGUCAAGCAGCUGCUAACGAGAUGUGGCCAGUUUUAUCAAAUAUUUAUACCACUUAUCAACACGACUCGAGAAUCAUGGAAAGGUGUUGUCGGUGCUUACGAUUUAUAGUACGCUGUCUUGGCAAACACUUUGCCCAUCUUUUAGAGCCCCUGGUUAAACAAAUUGUUCAAUUAUAUGCUGCGCAUCAGCACAGUUGUUUCUUGUACCUUGGCUCAAUUUUGGUUGACGUAUUUGGUUCUGAUGUGGAAUAUGUCUCGGGACUCUUAGGAAUGUUAGAGGCUUUCAUUGGCCCAACUUUCACGAUACUUCAAGAAACGGACGGACUCAAAAAUCAUCCAGAUACUGUGGAUGAUUUAUUUAGACUUUGCGCCAGGUUUCUACAAACGUCACCCAUACUAUUUUUACAUGCACCUAUGAUAAAUAGCAUCUUAGAUUGUGCUUUAAUGGCUUGUAGCUUAGAUCAUAAAGUUGCCAAUAGUUCGGUCAUGAAAUUCUUUUUGGAUCUUCUCUAUUGCGGACGUAAUUGUGAGAAUCAAUCAGACUUUACUAUUAGACGACAAUUGGUUCAAGAUAUUUUGCGAGAAAAAGGACAGACGUUAGUAACAAGGCUUCUUCAUUCGGUUGUAUUUUCUUUAUCGUCUUACAUGAUGUCAGAUGUUGCCGAUGUCUUAGGUGAAUUAAUUUUAAUCAGUAGAGAGCUUACGUCAGUGUGGUUAGAGCAAGCUAUAAAGCAAAUGCCCGUUGAAAAUGCAGGAGGAUCACCAGCUGCAACGGUAGAACAACUCCAAGAAUUUCAUAGUGUUGUUUGCAGGGCCGAUUAUUCAUAUACAGUUGUAGAAGCAUUAAGGAAUUUCACGCGCUUGUAUCGUUAAAUGACAGGCAAUAAAAAUUGACGAAAAUCGCUGACAUUUUGAGUAAAAAGAAAAGAAUAAAGCUUUACUAAUGAUAACAUUGGUAAUAUUUAUGAUAAAGCAAUUCGUAAUUAUUACACAACACACCGCUCUUGAUUAAUAUUUAGAAAAAGAAAAUAUUGUGUAUAAAAUAGUAUUUUAUUCCUUGGACAAAAAGUAACUAUGAACAAUGUUGAAGAAAUUUAACAAACGAUAAUUCGUUUUUUAUCCGAAGAAAAGUUGAUUUCUUAUCUGUAUAAUUUUUUUGCAAUAAGUUUUACAUUCAUAUUGAAUUAUUAAAAGUGUCAUUUUUAUAAC